AUGGCAACCACCGCCCCCCCUCUUGAUGCCAGUCAGCUGCGCCUCCUGGUAGUGCCUAGCCCGCUGUCCCCCCAAAAGCCUUCUAAAAGGGGAGAAAUUCUGCAGAGCAAGAGUGACUGGCCCAUCUUUAGACCUAUUGCGCUCCCUCAUCCGUCCUCCCCCAACGUAAUAGUAGACUUCUUUGUAGCGGGAAAGGACAUUUAUGAGAUGAACAAGAGCUGCCGCAGCGUGGGUGUAUGCUCUGCUCUUCUCCCUCCACAGCUGGUUCUCAGUGACGGAUCGCUGCUCCUAGCAACGCCGGUAGAUCCACUCCUGUUGCUGCUGCCACACCUUAUGCAGCAGGCUGCAGCUUCUUUCGUCCCCCUUUUGGAGGCGGUUGCUCCCCCAAAAGUGGAUGUCGAAGUUCGCCGCAAUCUUCAAGCCCUUGCAGGGCAUUCCGCAGUUCUACGGCGUUUGCACUGGGUAAGCGACCUUCGGAUGCUCUCUGCUGCGAAGCCAGCUCAUGGUGAGACGACAGGGGCGGCUGAUUGUGCAGCAGACACCAGCAAGCCACCAGAGAGCCCUGCUUCUGUCCUGGCAGAGAGCGCUCCUGCCAGCAUUGAAGAGGGAGAUGCACGGGGAUCCGCCGCCCUCGGUGGUUCUUUGUUUGUCCGAUUCAACAACGAUAAGACCCUGACAUUCUUGCUGCGGAAGCAUGGGAAACUGGUUACAGCGAUUGCCAGGCAGCGGUCAUCUGUACCUUUAGGGGCCUCCGAGGCAGACCAAGGCGGGGGCCCUCCGGUGUCCACAUCCGACGCGAGUCUCCAGGCCUUUGCCUUGUCUCUGUUUUCCGCGUAUCUGCCAAAGACGCUGACCACUGCCCUCGAGGUACGGCUGCGCAAGGAAGGACUGCUAAGGGAAGAAAAGCCUUGUUUGGCUACCUCUAGGGCUAAGGCCCCUCAGAACCCCCCAAGCUGUGGCGCUAAAGUCGCCAAGCCAGCGGCCAGAGCAGCAGGUGCUGCUGCUGCAGCGGAAAAGAUGGCAGGUACUCGGCAAAAGAGAGUCGCAGGGGCGGCUGCACCAGCAGCCAACAAAAAGGCUCCAGGAAGGAAGGUAGAAGUUGAGAGGCGGCCGGAAGGGUCUGCAUAA